AUGGGAUCCUUCCUCUCUAAGACCCCAGGGAAACCGUCGAACGGGCCGUCGAGGGGAGUUAAGCCUCCUGAUGCUGCUGCACCUCCACCUCCAGCUCCACCUGGCGAGGUUACUGCGGCGGGGGCGCAGGCGGGAAAAGAAGUGGCUCCCUUUGAAGCACGCAUUCGCCGUUUUUACACGCACUACAAACCGGAGAAACUCGAAAAUGUCCCGAGGAUUCUGCGCGAGUGGGACGGGACGGAGGAGGAGUUGAUGCAGAUGCUGGUGGAGCGCUACGGCCCAGAGCCAGCGGCUGCUGAAAAUCCCCCCAUAACGCCACCAAAAGCGGCCGCCGCGGAGGCCGCAAACAUGUGGGUGCCGCGUUUUGCGCGGCAUCUUCUGGCGUAUCGACCCGGAAAGCUGUCGCGCCUCGGCAGGAUGCUGCAGCAUGCGGAGGGCACAGAAGAGGCGAUGCUGGUGUCUCUCAUCGAGCAGCUGGGGCCGGAGCCGGAGGGGCCGCUUCCCGAUCUUGUGCCUGACACCGUGCUCGUCGUCCGCGGCGAGGUGCCGACGGAGGCGGCCGAGUCCCAAGUGGCGGAAGAAGGCACGGCGGAGGAGAAUAAUGUGGCCCCGACGCACUCCUUCAGGCGCCGGCUGAGCAGUUUUCUCGGUGUGCGGGCCCCCGAGAAGUUGUACACGCUGGAGGAGUGCCUCCGCCAGCAUGCCGAAGACGAGGAGGGACUGUUGGCGACACUGCGGGAGAAGCACGGUGCGGACCCGACGGAGGAAGAAGCGCAGGCGUACUUUACGCAGCGCCUCGAGGCACUGUACGCGUGCCACGAACCAAGCAGAGUCACCUCCGCUGCGGGCGAGAUUGCGGCACAAUACGGCAAGGAGGAGGAGUUCUUGCAGGCGGUGGCCAACGAGAUUGGUGCCGACCCCAUGAUGGUGCCACCGCCUGCCGAGGCACAUGCGCAUCUUUUCGAGUAUGCCGACGCGAAGGAGGCGGAAGCCCCGUUGCACGAAGCAAGCAGCCCUGAGCAGCAGUGCACACAUGCCCAGCAAAUGGAGGCGGAGGCGCUGCAGAGCCUUGAGGUUUCCCGGCCCGAGAAUGCGAGCAACCACACGGCUGGUGGACCACCCGACGAAGCCACUCUCCCUGCCACCAACGCGCCGGUCGUGAAUGCUGAACCACCCACCGCUACCGCCCCGGCGCCGUUGCAGACGAGCUCAGGGACGGAGGGCAGCUUCAAGCAUGUGACGGAAACGUUUCGUCGCAUUAUGGAGGGGCAGCAGCAGCAGAUUUCAGCACUUCAGGCGGACCUAGAUCGUAUUCGCAGCAUCAUGGAGGGGGAGUUUCAUGUGCUCUCACAGAAAGGCCCUCUGUUUACCCCACUGACUGUGAGGGAGCCGGCGGGCCACGCCUCCGUGCCCUCCCCCUACCCCGCACCGCAAAGCCCGCAGAGGAUUCAACGCCUCAACGGUGCCAGCUGCGGCAUUAAUAAAACCACCUCGCUGGGUCGCCAAUUGUACCGUCAUGAUUCUCUUGACGGGCUCCUCCCACCUCCGCCAAGGCUCCGCCCACCUCGUGAUGCUUCCCAAGCCACUCGAGCGCCCACAGUCAAAGCUCCAUCACUGUUUGUGUUUCGCUGCUCGUCGUCCCCGCGACAGGUGCGGACACUCGCAGAGAUGCGACUGGAGUAUGAACGGGAGCGCGAGGGCAUCCGUUCCGCAGAGAAGCGGCUGCAGGGUUGCAGCGUGAUCCUGUAG